AUGUCCAACUCCACCACCACCACCACCGAAACAGACACCCCAAGUAACAUCCCCCCCUACACCCCCAUGACCUCCCUAGGCCACGAACUCGGCGUCCUCUUCGGUUUCCUCACGGCUUGUUUCGUGGUGAUGGCUGUGUAUGUGUACUUCUGGCGCGCCGCCGAAACCCGCGAAGAACACGCCCAGUCCCUCCGCCGCGAAAUGCUCCUAAACCGGGGCAUUCAUCACGGACGAGGCGGGAUUCAUGAGAAAAUGAUGAAUCAGUUUUCCACUACUGCGACUGCCACCGCAUCUUCAUCUCAUAAUCCGUAUAUUCAACAACAGCCCCUGCCCGGAAACGAAAUCGGGGUUGCAGUGACGACGGGUAUGGGGACGGCGAUGGAAAUCGGGUCGCCUAGUUUGGGGCCGGCCAGGAUGAUUAAUAUUCAUAGUCGGAGGGGAGGGAAAGGUCCUGAGGGGGGUGUUGGGGUGGGGGGGAGUGGAGUGGGGAGGGGGAAUGAUGGGGGUGGUAUGGGGAUGGAGAUGGAUGCCGAUGUGGAUGCGGAGGUGGGGGUCGAGAUGGAUGUGUUGGGAUUUUUGCAGCAUGGGCAUGGGAGGGGUCAUGGAGGUGCUCAUGGUCAUGGUCAUGGUCGUAGCCAGCAGGGGUUUGCUCAGGGGUAG